GCAUACGAAGCGCUUUCCUUUUUACUAGAACCUAAACACAUUUUAAAAACAUAGCCCGGAUAAUAACACACAUGGAAUUGCCACUCUUUUUAUCCAAUGUGCGAAAGGAAUAGACAACCAACCGUCUAUAUUCAUUGAAGAGUAUUUGUUUAUUUUCAUGAAAUAGAGAUAAAAAGUCGUUGCCAUGACGACAGACGAGGCGACAGAGAGCCAGCAGCAGAAGAAGCCCAGCCAGCAGGAGGCGGAGCAGCAUCAGGCCACGCCCCCUGACCACAGGCCCUCGGAGUCCCAGGCUUCCACCACAACCCCAAUCUCGCCCCACAGUCCCGGCUCGCCCUCGCCCCAGGAGGGGGUGCAGCUGAGGCCCCGCCAGCGCACCUCGGCCGGCCGCGGCCUCUCGCGGCUCUUCUCCUCUUUCCUGAAGAGGAGGUCUCAGUGCGAGGGGUACGGGGGAGAGAAGGGGGAGAAAGGAGGGGACGGGGAAGAGGCCAAGGCGCCCAUCGCUGACUGUGAGCCAGAGCUCAGGAUCGAGGGGGAUCAGAACCUCGACCUGCGCUCACUCAGCAGCAACGAGGCUCAGCCUGUCCAGGUAGACCAGAAGGAAGACCCUGAGGAAGACUCUGAGGAAGAGGGGGGGAAGGAGGGAGAGAAAGACAAGGAGGGAGGAGAAGAGGAGGAGGAGCCCAAACCUGAGGGAGAGGGAGAGGAGAGGACAACAGAGGAAGAAGCUAGACCUCCUAAGGCUCCCCGUCGACCCAGGAUCAUGCAAAUUAAAGUUACACUGCUGGACGACACUCUGUAUGAGUGUGAGCUGGAUAAACAUGCCAAAGGUGUGGAGCUGUUCACCAAGGUGUGUGACCACCUCAACCUGCUGGAGAGAGACUACUACGGUCUGGCAAUCUGGGAGUCGCCCUCCAUGAAGACCUGGAUGGAUUUCACCAAGGAGAUCCGCAGGCAGGUUCAAGGUGCAAAGUUAGACAAGAUCUGUGCAGACGCACAAUCAUGUACAGGCACCAAUUAUGACUUCACCUUCAAUGUAAAGUUCUAUCCACCUGACCCAGCCCAGCUUUCUGAAGACAUCACCAGGUACUACCUGUGUCUCCAGCUGCGUAAGGACAUCCUGGGGGGCCGUCUGCCGUGCUCCUUCGUCACGCUGGCCCUGCUGGGUUCCUACGCACUGCAGUCAGAGCUGGGGGAGUACGACCCAGAGACACACGCACCAGACUACGCCAAGGACCUGAGGCUGGCCCCGGGACAGACCAAGGAGCUAGAGGAGAAAGUCAUGGAGCUGCACAAGACAUACAGGUCAGGGUCAAUGAGUCCAGCACAGGCAGACAUGGCCUUUCUGGAGAACGCCAAGAAACUAGCCAUGUACGGAGUGGACCUGCAUCAGGCCAAGGAUCUAGAUGGAGUGGACAUCAUGCUGGGUGUGUGUUCUGGGGGUUUGAUGGUCUACAAGGACAAGCUGAGGAUCAACCGGUUCCCCUGGCCCAAAGUCCUCAAGGUCUCCUACAAACGCAGCAGCUUCUUCAUCAAGAUACGCCCCUCAGAGCAGCUGGAGCAUUACGAAAGCGCCAUUGGUUUCAAACUGCCAAACUACAAGGCCUCCAAGAAGCUGUGGAAAGUGUGUGUGGAGCAUCACACCUUCUUCAGACUGACCUCCACUGAGGUGGCUACCACUCCCAGGAAGUUCCUAGCGCUGGGCUCUAAGUUCCGCUACAGUGGGCGGACCCAGGCCCAGACCCGCCAGGCCAGCUCGAUGAUUGACAGGCCAGCCCCCCUGUUCCAACGCUCGGCCAGCAAGAGGAACUCACGCAGCCUGGACGAAGCCAUGGUGUCCACUCCAGACAAGAGCACUCGUCCGGUCAGCGCUCCCAUCAUGUCCCCCAUCUCUCCCGGGGAUGCAGCCCCGUCCCCUGUGACCUCGGCCCUGCCCUGCGGUGAGCGGCGAGAAGCCUCCACCCCCGCGGGCCGCCAGUCCCGCUCAGCAGAGAGGAAGGCCAAGGAGGAGAGCAAGGUGGAGAGCAAGGUGACAGAGGUCUCCAAGACACAGAGUUCCAGACCACAGUCCACCCCGGAGUUCAAGAGGGAGGGAGCCAGGAGAAGCAGACAUCAUGCCCCUGCAGUCACCACCACCAACGGGACAGGGAGAGAGAGAAAGAGCCAGCAGCAUUCGCCCCGGGAGAGAACCGGCACGGAGAUGGUGCGAGUGAGGAAGAAAAGAGCUAAGAAACAUGAGGAUGAAACUAUUUAUAUCAGGCAUAGCAAUUUAAUGUUGGAGGACCUGGAUAAGACCCAGACAGAGAUCAUGCGUCACCACACCAGUAUCAGUGAGCUGAAGAGAAGCUUCAUGGAGUCUGUUCCGGAGCCGCAGCAGAGUGAGUGGGACAAGCGCCUGUCCACACACUCACCCUUCCGCACGGCCAGCAUCAACGGACAGCUGCAGCCAGGCACUGACGGGCCUAACGUAGUGAAGACACAGACAAUCACCAUCUCAGACGUGUCUAACUCCCCUGCGAGACGUCUCUAA